AUGUUAGUUUUGGCACCCUUUGUUUUCUUGGUGACUGCGGUCGCUGCGUUGGAAAAUCCUCAUCGUAAGGCUGCAUCUUUUAAACGGCCUGCGAAAGGUCUGCACAAAAGAGAGGUUUCAGCUGCUCGGACCGAACAUAAGUAUUUGAACAAGAAGACGGAAAAAUUCGCCGUGAAUGGUACUCACUUUCCACAAGUCCCCUUCGACAUCGGCGAAAGCUAUGCAGGUCUUUUGUCAAAUACGCCUGCUGGAAACUCGAGCUUGUUCUUCUGGUUCUUCCCAUCUACCAACCCAGCUGCAGCUAAGGAGAUUACUGUCUGGCUGAAUGGAGGCCCUGGGUGCAGCUCACUUGACGGUCUGUUACAAGAAAACGGUCCAUUCCUGUGGCAAUCUGGAGCGUACGAGCCUGUGCGCAACCCCUACUCGUGGACCAACUUGACAAAUGUCGUCUACAUCGACCAGCCUGCCGACACUGGCUUUUCUCCUGGCCCAUCCACUGUUCAGAAUGAGGUCGACAUCUCGAAUCAAUUCAAUGACUUCUGGGAGCGCUUCAUUCAAACCUUCAGCAUGGAGGGGUACAAGGUUUAUCUCACCGGAGAGAGCUAUGCUGGCCAAUACAUCCCGUAUAUGGCAGAAGGGAUGUUGAACCGCAAUGACAAGAAGCAUUUUAAUUUGAAGGGCAUCCAGAUUAACGACCCGUCCAUCAAUGACAAUAACGUCUUGAUGUAUGCCCCGGCAGUAGCAGCACUGAACCACUAUUCCUCCGUCUUUGCCCUGAAUUCCACCUUUAUGACCGAAAUCAACGAACGCGCCGAUAAAUGCGGCUACACCGAUUUCCUAGAAAAAGCCCUAACCUAUCCCCCACCCAAGAAUUUCCCGGUAGCACCAGACCCUUUCGAGAAUGGCUGCGCUCUCUGGGACGAGAUCAUAAAGGCGGCAACAUACAUCAACCCAUGUUUCAACAUAUACCACCUAACAGAUUUCUGUCCUUUCCUCUGGGAUGAAAUGGGUUUCCCAUCCUUAGCAGGCGGGCCAAACAACUACUUCAACCAGUCUGCCGUGCAAGCAGCCCUCAACCUCCCACCAACAAACUACGCCAUCUGCGGCGGCGAAAUCUUCGCAGACGGCGAUGGAUCCGUGCCUAGCGCGCUCGGCCCACUGCCCGGAGUCAUCGAGCGCACGAACAACGUGCUCAUCGGCCAUGGAUGGUACGAUUUCUUGCUCUUCGCGAACGGAACACUCGCUACGAUUCAGAAUAUGACUUGGAAUGGAGCGCAGGGAUUCCAGAGGCCACCGGAUGAGCCUCUGUUCGUGCCGUAUACGGAUGAGCUCGAGGAUAUCUCUAAUGGGAAUGCUGGUUCGCCUUGGAAUUAUGAUGCCGGUGGUGGUAUUCUUGGAACGGCACAUACGGAGCGUGGUCUUACCUUCAGCUCGGUUUAUACGGCCGGUCAUGAGAUCCCGCAAUAUACUCCAGGUGCGGCUUAUAGGCAUUUGGAGUUCUUGCUUGGAAGGAUUGAGAAUCUCCAGCAGAGGGGUCCUUUUACAACUUUGUAA